ACAGAUCAGAAAUGCAUUAUGGCAAAUGUAGCAAGUGUUCCCGCGGGUGUUGCGACUGGCUGGCGUCCAGGCGCUGGGAACCGCCCCGCGCCCGCCUCCCGACUGAACUCCUGGCUCAGGUGCAAGAGGCGGCAGGCUCCUUGCGGGGCUUACGGGGAGAAGGGGACGUUGGGCGCAGCACCGCUUCCGGGGCGGCCCCUCUCCAGCCGCACUCCGACCCGGCGCAGCCACCCGGCCCCAGCUCGCAGGCCCCACUGCUGCGCCCUCUCGGGGACGCGAAUGCCCCGCGCCGGGCGGGCGCCCGCGGAGGGAGGUCUCGCUCCAGGGGCGCGGAGCUCCAGAUGCCUGCGCCCAAGGCCCCUCGCCUGGCGCCGGCUGGUCCCGAACUUCGGGACAUGGGCACCCAGGAAGGGGGCCGCGCGUGUUGGGAGGCCCGUCCUCUCGCCGCGACCCUCCAGGGCAGCCGGGGAACCCACCUGCGGAGCGGGAAGCCCAGGAACGCUCGAAGAGGGUGUGGCCUCAGGUAGGACGCGGCGGCGAACCCAGAGCGCGGGAGAAGUUGCCAAGGGUCCCUGGGGCCUUGGCCAGGAGCCCCUCUUCCCGAGGGGCGCCCUGCUGCUCAACUCUUUCUCUACACCUGCUUGGCCCCAGCUCCCGCCCGCCCUUCGCCUCCGGGCCCUGGCCUGGCCACAGCCGCGGGGACCUGCCUGAGGCUCCACGGCCCAGUGGCCGCCUCGCGGAGACCCGACUUGGAGAACCAGCCGCGCGCCGGCUGUGUGUAAUCACCUCGUUCACUGGCAUCGCAGAUGCACGCUCCAGAGCCGCGGGCCGACUCUCCCCGACCUGAGCGGGGCCGCGUGUGCCCACCCACACAUCCUGGAGAGCCCACGCGGGAGUCGGAAAACCUGUCACCUUGGAUGAUCUGUCCCAUGUGGACAGGGCCCCAAGACUGUGCUGGGGUAGCCCCUUGCGCAGGCAGGAAAGCGGGAUUUAAGGGAUUCCAGUUCCCUUGUCGGACCUUGCGCAGUCCUGAGUCCUGAGGACUUUCUAGCCUGAGAGUUCUAGACCCGCACCCCCAGAGCGGCUAGGGCCUGUUCCGGAGCCCCUCCGCGGGUGAUUUUGUUCCAGAGUCGGCAUCCUCUGCUUGUCCUCAGCAGUCCCUGCCUAAGAUCCGAAUGGCCAUUCCAAGGGGCUCACUCCUGGCUGCCCCUGUGCCAUGUUUCUUUUGGGGUACAGGGUGUUUUCUAUACUGGGGGAAGGGACAGGGAUCACCUGUCUCUUCCCCAGAUAAAGAAGUGAGAAGACCUUUGCUCUCCUUGUCUUGGGCCCCCAGAGAGAGGCUGUGUGCUGGCUGAGUGCUGAGGAGGUUCUGGCUUGGAAACUCAGUACAUGUGGACCCCAAAUGGCUGCCGUCAAGUGGUGGCUGGGUGACUGCCAGUGUCAGAGAGCAGGGACCAAGGACAGUGCAGGGAUUUUAAAAAUCAUUGUUGGGCACCUCAGACUUCAAUGAUUAACUGAGGUCACUAUGGCCACUUAUUUUUGUUCACUGAUUCUUUAGACGCAUCAAUCUACUCACGGCUCAAUCUUUUGCAUUACAGGCUGUAUUGGUUUCACACAAUUUACUCUAAGGCGCCCACCAAAUAGAGCUCAGGCAACCCGUGGGAACCUGCCAGUCCCAAACAGGUCUGUACCCUGUGUGGCUGCACCACAAGCCCAAUGCCCUCAGCUUUCCCAGGGAAAGCAUGGUGCCAGGUGCAGAUGCUGGCCCUGUGUGCUGUGGGACAGUGGUGUGGGAGCCAGCCAGCUAACCAUACCCUGCUGCCAUCCCCAACAUCCCCAACACAUAUUUAUUUUUAGUUUCUGUUCUCCUCCCCUUACUCUGUCGUCUCCUCCUCCUCCUCCUCUUUGUGUCUUUCCCACGCGGAUUCUUUCUCUUUCCUCUGACUGGACAAUACUGUAGGCCUGACCCGCUUAGACAAACUCUGACCUCCUGUGGUCACCCAGGAAGCUGACUGCUAGGCCUCGGAUGAGGGGGCAGUGGGAGGGGGACCAGGUGAUACCAGAAUGGCUCCCCCCACAGAUUCAUUACCCAAGGACAUGGGUACACUGGUCGAAUGCUGGCUGCAGAAGCAGAAAGUGCUGUGUGGAGGUGGGAGAGAUUGGUUGCUGAGGAUUUGAAAUGAACCAUGAACCAAAGCUAGAAUGAAACGCAUUAUAUUGUCUAACCUAGAAUCGACACCCUAAAUUAUUUUUACUGAUUCGUGAAUGCACAUGUGAAUUAUUUUCUUUUACUACAAAUGCCUUAUAUACCUAAAUCACAGAUCCAAGCAGUACUUUUGAACAGAACUACAAUAAAGUAUGAAUGUUAGAUUAUUACCAGAAA